AUGGACAGCCCGAACGACAACGACGUCAGCAUGGGUGAUCUUCCCGACACCGGCGUUAGCGCAGACAACGUAGACAACGGCGUCGAGUCUGGGGACAUCGUCUUCUUUACCGAAUGCGAGAACGUCGCGGAGCACAACGUUGACGUCAACCGCGAGCGCGACGGCGACGUCGCCAUGGACGACAACGCUGAGCCUGAGCAUCCGGACGUUGUGGAAGUCAAGGCUCUGCAUCGCGAUGCUGAGCAAAAGCUUGCCAUCAAAACGUACAAGGUCAACACAAGCAUCGUUCUCCUGCCCUCUCUCUACAGCAUCUACUUCCAUCCCGACGAGGCAGUCGUUCCUCAAGCUCCUCCGUUCCUCCAACUCACCACCUUCUUCCUCCUGUACAACGACAUCGCCAAGGCGAACUUCCUCGCCGACAAGAGCUUGCCUCUGAUCGUCAAUCAGGCAAUCUUCUUCUACGGUCUAGACAAGGGCCAUUCGUUCUCGCGGUUCUACGACCAGAUCCGGUUCAACAUCCUCCUGAUGGCAUUCGCUUGGGCGUCAGGAUUCGAUCCGAAGUACUGCAAAGAGGGGUGCGAGGAGUUUGUCAAGGUCUUUCUGCGCGCCUGGAUUGAAUCACUGGUCUUCAAGUACGACCCUUUGCAGAACAACUUCACCCAACGCGAAGCCUUCGUCGCCCUAUGGCAGAACUCGCCCUUUGACUUCCAUUUCUUCAGUCCGAGGCGAAGCAAGACGGUAAACAAGCUUGUCAAGAUUCUCAAGGCCCAGGCCGCAUACCUCCCAAACAUGCCGAAACCAGACGACUUCAUGCGGGCCGUGCGCCAAGGCCAUCUGAACGAAGAUAUCUUUGAGAGAUUCGGUGCGGCGAUGACGUUGCAGUGGCUGAUUGGUCUGAACGAGAGGUCCGAGAAGCGGCAGCAGAAGGUUGACGACAAGGAAGAGCUCGCCCAGGCGAACUUGGACCUGAAGCGGACUAAAGAACUUGCGGGCAAUCUUGCGGCGGCCCAACACUUCGGCUUUUUUUCCAAGGACUAUCAGCCGGCUGACGAUUUCGACCCCUUUGAUGAUAAGGACUUGAUGCAUCCAGGCAUGUCCAAGGUUGAUCGGUAUGAGAAGCUCUUGGCGGCCUUGCUCCUUCCCAUCGACAAGGACCUCAAGCAUCCAAGUGAGGUGAACGAGAAGGAGCAUCGCGUGGUUGAUGAGACGAGCUUCUGGGCGACUCGUGAGCAGGUUAAGGCCAUUCUUCAGGAGGAUGUGGAGAAGCCGGAUCAGAGCCGGGCCCUCGCUGAACUGACUGUGUUGAUGAACACCACGGUGAUGGGGCCGACAGCUGAGUAG